AAAAAAACAAAAAAAGAGCCAAAAACUGUAACAUGUGUCUCUUGGCACAAUGCAAGCCGUCUACCAGCGUACAGUUGCCGGUCGAUCGACCGUGAGAUCCCGAUAUGCAUCUUACAUGGGAAUAAUUUGGAAUGUUAUGUGAAGAGAGAGAAACACACGAAGCUAUAUAGGCUGUGGAAGGAAAAAUAUCCAGGCCUGAUAGUGUUAGGAAAAACUUAAUGGUUGGCCCAGAAAACCCCUCGGCAAACAUAAGCUGCUUUCUGUUGCACACGAGUGUACAAGUCUGCAGACAUUAGACUGAAGAACACUCUGCUUCUCUCUCUAUCUCUCUCUCUCUCUCUCUCUCCGUAGUUGCAAGUAACAGAAGAAAAACAAAACAUAGCAAAGACGCGAAUUUGAAGUAAGGCGCUACUAAUGGAAAAGGGGUCCCAACGCCAAACCGAAAGCGAAAGGGCCGACCUUGACGCCAUUGCCGCCCUCAAAGAAAGCUCUGCCAUUGAGUUCAAGGAAAAGGGGAACGAGUGUGUGAAAAAAGGGAAAAAGCAUUUUUCGGAAGCCAUGGACUGCUACACGAGGGCAAUCAAUCAGCAAGCUUUGACCGAUUCCGACAUCUCAAUUCUCUUUUCGAAUCGAGCCCAUGUCAAUCUUUUGCUUGGAAACUAUAGACGCGCUCUUACUGAUGCCUAGGAAGCAUUCAAGCUCUGCCCCACUAAUCUCAAGGCUUUGUACCGAGCUGCGAAAGCGUCUUUUUCGUUGAACUUGUUGUCUGAAUCGGCAUCACAUUGCGAAAACGGGCUUAAACAUGACCCGGGUAACGAAGAGCUGAAGAAGCUGUUGAGGCCGAUUGAGUUGAAGAAGAUGGAACAUGAGCAGCGUGAGGCUCAAGUUUCAAAGGCAAUUGCAGAGGCUAAGGACCUUGUUUCCGCGAUUGAAAUUCGAGGCAUGAAGCUUGGGAAGGCAAUGUAUCGAGAACUUACUGGAUUACGAAAGCCUGUACUAGACAAGAAUAAUACGCUUCAUUGGCCAGUUCUUCUGCUUUAUGCAGAGGUUAUGUCCAGUGACUUCAUUGAGGAUUUCUGUGAGACAGACAUGUUGUCAGCUCAUCUCAACGUGAUGUUUUCAGAUAGCUGCCCGCCUUUGUCAUGGGAUCAGGAACACAAUUACACUCGUGAUGCUAUUGAGUUAUACUACGAAGCUGGUUCAGGAGUUUCUGUGUCAAAGACAGAGAUCCUUCGUUGUCUCCUAGAGGGCACACCAGCUUCUAAUGUGGAAAGCAUCAAUGAUGAGCAAAAGGAUGCCAAUGAGAAUUCUAUUGGUAGCAGCUCAGCAGGCAAAGGUUUCUCUAAAUGGAUCAAAGUAAACGAAAGUAGGACACUUUAUGACGUUCUGAGAGAACCUAACCUCAUCAUUCCAGGGAUCCCAGUGUUUUAUGUUGUUUCUAAAUGCUCCAGCUUCUAUAAAGAGUUCAAAGCCGGGAACUGGGCUCCUCCAUCGUGAGUAGGCCACGACGUCGCGUCUCAUCCACCUCCAUUGCUAUACCAUCAUUUGCUCUAUUAUACUCAAUGGACGAGGCAGUAGUAGAUCUAGCCGUUACUAUCAAAGCUAUUGGACAUCAAAUGGUAUCGGAUUACAAGUAUUCAGACUAUAACAGUACCGAUGAACAGUCACUUUGACCCAUGAAAAUUGUAAUAUAGAAUCUUCUGUUUUGUUAAUUGAGUAUUUUUUUUUUUUUCGAUUCUUCAACGAUAUUCAUUAACAAUACAUAGAAAUUUGUAGAUGAAUCGAGAAUUUUUUCAAUACUGAAUCUUACGGUCGAGAUUCUUCCUAGUCACA